AUGCCGAAAGGAUUCUUCAUUGUGGUUUUUGCUUCAGAAGAAGAACGGCAAAAGAUACUGGAAGGGGGAUUAUGGACCAUGAAUGAUAAGCCGAUGUAUAUCCAAAAAUGGUAUAGGAACUUCAAUCCAUUAAAAACAGAGCCCUAUGAGAAGCCAAUAUGGAUUCGAUUGAAUAAUCUGCCAAUGGAAUACUGGUCGGAAGAAGCCUUAGAAAAGAUAGGCAGAUCAAUGGGAACCCUAAUGGAGAUAGACGUAGAAAUUGCGACUAGAAAUUCGUAUUUGUAUGCAAGGAUGAAAUUAGCGGCAGUCAAGAGAAUUCCACAAUUGAUAAAAUUGAGAAGUCAUGAUAUGGAAUGGUUACAAGUGAUCGAAAUAGAGGAGGAGAAAUAUUUUUGCUCUAUAUGCGGAAGAAGAAACCAUGAUUCAGAUAAGUGCAGAAAUAACAAAAAUGAGAAAAAGAGUGGGGUGAGCCAGGAGGCGGAGGGAAAUAACAAAAAGGAUCUUGAAGAGAAGGCAUGUAAUUUAAAGUCAAAUUGUCAAAGUGAUAUCGGGUUGGAGGAAGAUGAAAUUUCUGAGGAGGACAAAGAUAAGGAUGAAUUAGAGAUAACAGACAUUAGGAAUAUAGGCCAGUCAAUGGUUAUGCCAGUAGAGAAAGGGAUUAGAGGUAAAGGUUGGAAAUCUAACAAAAUGAAAAGAGAGGAGGAGGCGGCUGAGAAAGGAUUUCUUAGUGCACAAAAUUCUUGA